AUGGCCGAGAUUGACGGUGGCCCCCUCAUUAAUACGACAUCUUUGCUUGGGCAUCUCGAACAAGGCCUGGAGAAAAGCUACUAUAAACCAGGAAUAAUAUCAACACACCAGCCUGCAAACCACCUGUCAGAUCUCCUCGCCCUAGCCAAGAGCCACGACGACGGGGAGCGUGGGGGUGCAUAUACCCAUACAAAGACGAGUACUAUCUAUGACGGAGAAAAUGGAUACAACUACUUGACGCUCACCUAUCACCAAAUUCACUCCAUUGCAAAAUGUCUCGCGGCGGGGCUUCUUGCCAACGGAGUGCAACCCAAAUCCACCAUUCUGAUGCUUAUACCGAACGGCGCAGAAUUCGGCUUGCUUCUAUGGACUUCGGUUAUGACAAGAUUGACGAUUUCAUGCGCGGACCCGGACGUCCUUGCUGCCACGGGGCCUGAUGAGCUGCCACAUUUGCUUCGGACCCUUGAACCAUCCAUAAUUGUGGCACAAGACACACGAACCGUGCUCGAGAUGGACCGGCUUGUUGACGACUUUCCGACUGUGAGGCCUCUCUGCAUUCAUGUGGAUCGUUCAGCCAAGAAGCCAGGCUGGAUAACCCUGUCAGAAAUCAUGGAGCAAGGCAACCGGUCAGCGAUAAACCAAGACCAAAUAAUCGAAGCGGCUCGUAAUGAUGAUCCAGAGCGCAUUCAUUCAGUUCUCUUCACGUCAGGGUCGUCUGGCCGUCCAAAGGGUUGUCCCAUGCGGGUGGGAGGGCAAACUCACUACAUGCUUUCGCAAUCAUGGCUUGUUGAUGAAAGGGCCUGCCCACUGGCUCUACAGCAAGCUCAUCCGUCUCGGGCCAUUGCUCAUCUGCAGAUCCUCCUGACCUGGAGGGCCGGUGGCACGGCCGUCUUGACGGGACGUGGCUUCUGUGUGAGCGACAUUUUCGAAGCAAUUCGACGGCUCCCAAUCACUUUCGUGGUCCUCUCUCCGCCCAUGGUACACGAGAUUAGCAAAGAGGUUGCGAAUGCUUCGUUGAAUACAGACUCGGUUCAAACAGUGCAAGUUGGCGGUGAUGCCGUAACCGCCGGCAUCUUGGCCAAAUGUGCAACUGUAUUUCGAGGCGCAAAGGUUGUUGUAGCUCAUGGCAUGACAGAAGGAGGGGGAUCAUUUCGCUGGCCGUUUGAACAUACGCCGAUGAGACAAAUUCCACAUUUCGGCGGUCUUUGUCCGGUAGGCGUAGUGUCUCCGGGGUCAGUAGUUCGCAUAUGGAAUUCUGCGGAAGGGAGGGUGUGUAAGCGCGGCGAGUCUGGAGCUCUGCACAUACGGAGCGGAAGUCAAAUACGAAAUUACAUGUCUGGCGCCUCUGAGACUUCUUUUUACGAAGAUGGGCAGGGCCGCUGGUUUCGCACCGGUGAUGUCGCCGUCAUGGAUCCCAAGGGACUCGUAUAUAUCCUGGGCAGAGAGAAGGACAUGAUUAAUCGCGACGGAGUGGCCAUAAUGCCAGCGCCACUGCAGAACUGCAUAGAAAUACUUACCGGAGAGCAGGCUGUCGCUGUCAGCGUAACGAGUGAAUCCCAGGGCGAGCAACUAUUUGCUGUCCUGCGUUCUUUGGCUUCCAAUUCUCCUGGAGAUAUUAAUCGACACAUUGAAAAAAUGCUCGGCAAGCAUUGGGACUAG